AUGAAGCCGUCGCAGUCGAAGAAGAAGGGAAAGAAGAAGAAGAAGUCCUCGCCGCCGGCCGCGGUGCCGGCCCCUCCGCCGGCGGAGGGGGCUGCGGAUUCGGAGGCCUGCUCCCCGCUGCCCGGAACCCUAACCCUAGCUGCCGCCACCGCGGCGGCGGCAGUUUCGGAGACGGAGUCCAGCAGCAGCGGCGAGGCCUCGACGUCCGCGUCGUCGGCCUGCUUCACCGCAAGCUCGUCCGGGACGGCGUCCUCGUCAUCCUCCUUCUCUGCCUUCUCCUCGUCGGCGUCCACCGCUUCGUCGUCGGUCGCCGGCGAGAAGCGGUGGGACCUCACGUGGCUGCUCGACGCGUUCGCCAGCGCCACCAUCGACCAGAUCGACUCCGCCUACCGCGAGGCCGGCGGGGACCCCUUCGUGGCCGCUGGUAUCCUGGGCUCCACGCAGGACACGCAGCCGCCGCAGCCACCACAGCCGGCGCCGCAGCCCCCUCCACCACCGGAUCUCUCGCCGCGCAGUGGAUCUGGUGGAAGGAAGGCUGGUCGGAGGCCCAAGCGGGUUGCGGUGGCCGCUACGGGCAUGGUCGCGGACGUUAUUGGCAAGGAAUACACACGACCCGCGACUACUCCUGUAAGCGUGCCAAAUGCAUGGAAGGGUCGGGAUGGGGAGAGGGAUGGCGGGUCUGGUGGCCGCAAGUACAGCGUUGAAGAGGGAGAGCAGUUCCUGUGCUCCAUGCUCGGUGAUAAUUCCGAGCUUGGAAUGGGUGUUGUCAGAGAUGUGCUCGGUCAGUAUGGGUAUGAUGUUGAGAAGGCUUUGGAUGCAUUGCUUGAUAUGUCUGGUGUGUCUUCCGUUGAAAACAUGGAAACAAAUCAUCAAAAUGCUGGAAGGAAUGACACCCGGCAUCUAUAUAUGUUCCCUGGAAAUGGGUUAUCAGUGGACAAUCUGACUGCAGGGAAUAGAAGAAGUCUACAACAGUUGACAGAUGAGAUAUCCAACACUAGGUUCCAGUCUGAAUUAAGACAUGAGUUUUUGUGGGGUGAACCUCAGAUCAGCUAUGCGGAGGCUGUUAAAGAGGCACCACAUUCACCAACAUUGCCUUCAAGAUCAACUGUAGCGAAAGCUGGUCCACAACAAGUCCUCGAUUCACUGUUUAAAAUUCCUGAAAUACGCACAUAUGAGCCAAGUUCUAUGGACUGGAAAAAGGUAGUAAAGAAACUGCAAACGUUCAAUUAUACUGCCGCAUCAAACAAUCAAGAAAGGCCUAAGAAUGGGGAUGGCUAUCGUGAGUUCCGUGGUGUUGCUGCGAGGCAUUAUGAUAAAAUGAAAGAAUACUAUCAGAAAGCUGCCCUGGCAUAUUCAAAGGGUGACAAGUCAUAUGCUUCUUACCUUGCUGAGGAGGGGAAACAUUAUCGUGAACUGGGUCGCUUAGAAGACGAGAAGGCCAGCAGGAAUAUAUUUGAAGCCAGAAAUAAGCAUAUAACGAAUACAAUAACCAUCGACUUGCAUGGCCAACAUGUCCAACAAGCUAUGAACCUUCUCAAACUUAACAUGAUGGUUUGUAUUUGCAUGCCAUCUGUCUUACUGAGGGUAAUUACUGGUUGUGGUUCAGAAGGUACAGGGAAGGGAAAAAUAAAGCGCUCGGUUAUAGAGCUUGCAGAGAAGGAACAUAUUGAGUGGCGCGAAGAGAACUCUGGAACUGUAGCCCUUCGGCUUGGUGGGCCAAGAGAGUCAGGCCUUCCUCCCCUCCCGCGGCUUGGUUUCUCCGCCAGCUUCGGCUACUCCACCGCCACCGAGGAGUCGACACCCGCCGCGAGGCCCAAGGGCAAGGCCAAGGCCAAGGCCAGGAAGAACCCCAUGAAGCAGUCGCGCUUCGACUUCACCAAGGUGGACGCCGCGCUUCUCCCCACCGUCAUCCUCGUCGGCCGCCCCAACGUCGGCAAGUCAGCCCUCUUCAACAGAUUUAUACGGAGGAGGGAGGCGUUGGUGUACAAUACUCGUGGGGACCAUCCGCUGGAUCUUGAGGUUGGGCAAUGGCUGCGUAAGCAUGCAUCUGGGAUACAUACGCUUGUUGCGAUGAACAAGUCUGAGUCACUUGAUGAGCAUGGACUUCUGACUGCUGCUGCUGGAGAAGCACACAAGUUGGGGUUUGGUGAUCCUGUUGCAAUAUCCGCAGAGACAGGCCUGGGGAUGGCAGAGCUCUACGAGAUACUUAGGCCAUUGUUUGAGGAAUACAUGUUUCAGCUUCCAAACAAUGACCUCAACCAAGAUGAUCCUAUCUCGGAGGUUGAAACUGAGGCCCAUGAAGGUGAUGAGAGCAAGUUACCUUUGCAGUUGGCAAUUGUGGGACGUCCUAAUGUUGGGAAGUCCACCCUUUUAAAUACCUUGUUGCAAGAACAGAGAGUUCUUGUUGGUCCAGAGGCAGGCCUAACAAGGGACUCGAUUCGGGCUCAGUUUCAAUUUGAUAAUCGAACCGUGUAUUUAGUGGACACUGCAGGUUGGAUGGAAAGAUCAGGGAAGGAUGAAGGGCCAGCAUCUUUGAGUGUUGUGCAGUCAAGAAAGAACCUAAUGAGGGCCCACAUUGUUGCUCUUGUGCUGGAUGCUGAAAAGAUUGCUAAGUCCAAAAGUAGCAUGAAUCAUCCAGAAGUCGUGAUAGCACGGCAAGCAAUAGAAGAGGGCCGUGGACUCGUUGUGAUUGUCAAUAAAAUGGAUCUCCUUAGAGAUAACCAAACACUGUUUAACAAGGUUAUGGACGCUGUUCCUAGUGAAAUUCAGACAGUCAUUCCUCAGGUGACAGGAAUGCCGGUUGUUUUUGUGUCAGCACUGGAGGGGAGGGGGCGGAUUGCUGUGAUGCGCCAGGUUAUAGAUACCUAUGAGAAGUGGCGUUUAAGAUUGUCAACAUCAAGGCUCAACCGUUGGUUGCGUAAGGUUAUGAGCAGACAUUCCUGGAAAGAUUCAGCUACUCAGCCAAAAGUCAAGUACUUCACUCAAGUGAAGGCGCGGCCACCAACAUUUGUUGCCUUUAUGAGUGGGAAGACUCAGCUUUCUGAUACAGAUACUAGGUUCUUGACAAAGUCUCUCAAGGAGGAUUUCGACAUUGGGGGAAUACCAAUCCGGAUCGUACAGCGUUCUAUUCCAAGAAAAGCUUCUGCAAAGAGCAACACAAGGAACACUGGGCCUAGGAUUGUCAGGAUGAAAACAGACAAACGAACAACGCACAAGCCAACAGGAAAGAUGGCAAGUCCACCUUCUGUCAACAAUGAGAAUUAUGAUCCUAAGGUAGACAAAGCAAGGAAGGCCAGCUCAAAUGAUCCAGGCUGGAAGUAUGGAUAUUGGGCAGACCUCCAGAAGAGAGAUCAGGUUAGGGUAUAUGUAUGGCGUCGCCUUGCCGCACGCCUAAUUCGCCUAGGCGUCUGGAAGGGGGUGCGGUGCCGCACCUCGCCUUACCGCCUUAAUAACCAUGGUUCCAGUCUAGACAUUCAGAAACCUGAAACGAUUGUUUCGACUCGGGGAAGUGGUACAAACACGUGA